AUGAAUCUAGGCGACCAGGGAGCUAUGCAAGCGCCACUAGGCGCUGAUUUGUCUGGUCCAAGCGAUCAAAGAGGAAAAAAGAGGGCUGAUUUGGGUGAUCUGAGUGCACAGGCUGAUGUUCUAGGUGCCUUGGCCGAGCAGGGAGAUACACUGGGUGAGCCUGCUGCGCUGGGAAGCCCAUUAAAGGAGUAG